CAUACACAACAAGAAAAUCAACAUCCGCGUCCGUCGCGACUCCUUACGAACGAACGUAAACUUAUCAAAAUCAAUUACUUGAAAACUUUAUGUUAAUUUUCGUUACCACCAUAAAUAAUACACGUUGACGUGUCAAUUAUUAUCCCGAAAUGUUUCCCGCUCACUGUUUUUUUUUUUUAAACGGGCGUCUGAAGUGUUGCCACGCCUCAAGAGUCUCCAACCGCAGGUACUGUUUUGAGUUUAAAGAACUCCCACCCCGACUAUCCAAAGCGUUUUAUAUUUUGUCAUAGCCAAUAUACGGUUUUCUUUACAAUGUAUUUAGUCUGUUCCUCUAUUAUCGCUCUUAAACUACCGGAAUAAGGUUAGUUCUUAUAUUCUACGAACAAAGUAGGUGUGUUUUGUGUGCUGUUUAUAGGGAAUUUUUUUCGUUAGCUCCACAUGUUGGGAUCUUGUAACGAAGCAGCCAGAUUUCAGUACAGACUCCAUUAGUUCGCACAUUAGGAUGAGUUAGUCGAAUUAUGUAAUUAAAUAAAGUAAUUCAAUAAGCCAGCGAAUUAAUAACAAUUAUUCGGUUUGGCCGGUCUCGAUAAACGUCUAGUUGGAUUGCGCACGCGUUUUGUAAAAAUGUGUACGUGAAUAAAUAUCGACGAAUAAAACAUUGAUUAUUUUGAUUAAUUACAAUUUAUAUGUACAUAUUUUAAGUUUAAAUUUUGCGUUCGUGUUUUGCUAUGGACCAGAAUAAAGAUGGCAUCAACGGUGGAUUAAACGGUACGACUAGAAGCUACGAAGCGAAAAGCCAAGCUGCAGGCAACUAUAACGCGGCUCCUGGGUCCUACGAAAACAAUCACAAUCUGUUCCAGAUGAUAAAGUGCCACGAAGACAGCCUCAUACGUCUACACCAACUGACGGCUGGACGCCAAAUGAAUGGAUCUUAUGAACCGACAUAUCAAAAUGACUUGACGUGGUACCCAAAAGACCUGCAGCGCCAAUUCAUCAAACCUGUAGAUUACUUAGCCUACGAAGACAUGCGACGGAAAUACGAAGAAGGAAAAAAUGGAAAAGAGAAGGAGUUGCAGAAAGAAUGCGAUGAAAAUAAGGACGGGAAAUCAGACGAGAGGAAAAAGCCGAGAAGAAACCGAACCACCUUUACUAGCCAGCAAUUGGCUGCCUUAGAAAAAGUGUUUGAAAAAACGCAUUAUCCCGAUGCUUUUGUUAGAGAAGAUUUAGCAGCGAGAGUCAGUUUAACAGAAGCAAGAGUGCAGGUGUGGUUUCAGAACCGUCGUGCGAAAUUCCGAAGAAACGAAAGAUCAGCCCUCUCAAAUCACCGGAGUUCAACCAGUCAGAAUUCACCAGAGCCUAUGGCUGUUCCAAUCGGCAUUCCUCAUCAACCAGACCCGAGACAAGAAUUCGCCCGAAACAAAGAACCGUGGCUACAUCAUUUUCAAACUAACAAUUUGAAUUUAAAUUUAGGACUGCCAAUAACGAAUACAGGACUGUAUCAAAACGAUUAUUCUUUGAUGAUGCAGAACGUUGGUAACAGACCAUACGUGCCCAACACAAAUGGGUUUAUGGGCCAAAGUGUUGUAGGUUAUAGCGGAGGCGAAAAUGCAUACAGUUCAUGCGGUAUUAUCGGGGGCUAUAAUGGAUCGUUGUCUUCAUCGCACAGUUCAUACAAUUUGAAUUUAAGAUUGAGACCACACGAUUUCAGCAUAAAUAAUUUGACUUUGUGAUAAAAACAAGACUGAAAUUAUAAACUAAACACACUACGUUUACAACAUGAGACUCUCAUGACGUGACUGCUGUUGGAAAGUCAAAAUGCAAAAGAUCGAAAUAAUCUAAAUUUGGCCGAUCUUUAUUAGCUAGCUAUGCCACGAUCUUGCCGUGUAGUUUCAGGAUAACGCAAAAAAUCUAAUAAUCAUAACUGUGGUUAAUAUUGUUAAAAUACAAUAUGUGCGUGUAUGUUGCUAGUGAAUAUUAUCAAACAGUUUACCUGUUACUUUUUUAAUAUUUGUGAUCAUAAAAUGGCUAUUCAAUAGGUACCUAUAGGCUAGGUUUUAUUAAAUAUUGCAUAACAGAAUUGAGGUAAGCAACUUAAAGUUAAUAUACCAGGAUGAUUCAAAUACAAUCAAUACUAUCUUUUUUUUGUUCCUUACUAUGCUGAUAGCCUUGAGAGGCUAUUUCAGCUUCGCCCUAACAUGUAGUAGUAUAGGUGAGUUCACGGGGCUCAAACCUGACGACGCCGACGUUGCUAACACGAACCUUAGCAAGAGCCGUGCUCCGCAGAAUCUACCACCGGAUCGGAAACGCGACCCAUGAGAAGAUCUGGCGAGAAACUUAGUGGACUGUGUCUGUGGGUUAAUUUACUCGUCGAGCUCUUCGUCGCGAGCGACGGGUUCGACGAGAACGAUGACCGGUCAAUACUAUCAAUUUACUUAUAGUCGUAUAGUAAUAAUAAUAAGACGGUCGAAAUCCAAACAUAGACAAAUUUGUUCUAAUAGAAUACCGACAAAAUCUUUGAAUUGUAUUAUUAUACCUAAUGAUAACAUAAGAAAUAUGUAUACAGGGCUUUUUAUUAUAGCUAAUAUCUUUCGAUUUAAUAAACUAAUUUUGAUGAAAGGAACAAUAAAUGUUAUUCUGAAUACUC